AUGCAAUCAGAUUCAUCACCUUCGCCGCCAACGCCAACCUCCAUCCUCCUCGCCCGCGGGGUAAUCGCCCGGCUUUCGACAUGGCCGGCUCUUCAGCUCGCCGUCUCCAAUUCGUGGGGUGGCCCACAGUCCACCGAAAAACGCACUUGGGUCGCCUCCGUCAUCGUAGACACAUUCGAGGAUACCUCCAUCUCUCAGAAAACCAAGUCAGACUGGACGUACUUCGAGGAGAUGUUGAUGCAGAUCAUGGCGGAUGAAUUCGAGUUGAUUAUGGAGGAUGGAAGCGCAGAGGAGGUCGGCAAAGAUUUAGUUAGGCUGUGGGAGAAGGUGUGCGGCGGUGGCGACGCAGGGGAUGGGUUGAAGUUGGUGUUGAAGUUAGAAGAAGAGGCGGAGCGCGUGAAAGGGAAAGCUCCUGUUGUGCAGCAAGCCCCUGGAAGCGACGACGACGAAGAUUGGGAAGACGACGAGGACGACAGCGAGGAUGACUGCGAGUGCGACGGAGAGCAUGAUCAUACACACGACGAGCCCCCGAAACUCAUAGAUCGCGAUGCUGGCAAGCCACAACGGAAAUCCUCGCCGGAGAUCGACGAGGAUGGGUUUACAGUUGUCAAAGGAAAAGGGAAGAGCCACCGAUAA